UUGUUGGUGUCCGGAAGACACUCGCUUCCGCGGCGGAGAAGGCGCAAGAACAGGCCAACGGGGCGUGCACUUGAUAUGUGGGUUCGGUUCUAGUUUCCACAUCGUAUAUGUAUCACACAUCACAAGUCGAAAUCGAUAGCUGGCCCGGCAGCUAGUUUAGUUAGGCGUCUCCCUGAUAAGAUAGGGGAGUACGAGUGGCGAACGCUCGCGGAGAAUUCCGCCAGAAGAAAAGCACAUUCUGCCCCCUGAGCUUGGAGCAACUGUUCCCGGCGGUUAUACAACCAACAGACCACUAAACCUCGACAAGAAAAAUUCUGGAAAAUGUCUGCGCUGGCCAAUGGAGGACACGAGGAGGAUCUGAAAAUUCUGGGUCAGCUGAAGAGCAUCGAGCAGAUCAACGAGCAGCGCCGGAUAUUCCUCAACAGCACGAUCAACGAGGAGGCUUCGGAGGAAUCAAAUGGGGCUGCAGUUCAGGAGGCGGAACUGGAGAAGGAUCUGAAGGAGUUGGAGGAACUGGAGCCGAAGAAGGUAGCCGAGGAUCAGAAGAAAGUUGCAGAGGCGAGCCCGAAAAAGGAGCAGGAGCCGGAGGUUCCCGAAAAAACGGAGCAGCCCAAGGUUCAGCCUCCAAACACGCUCAGCCUGAAUGUGAAAUACGCCACCCUACCAAGUCCCAAUGUGGUCACCCUGCGAUCCCCACUGUCGCCGCCACCCAAGCCACCCAUGUUGGGUCGCACCAGGAGCAUAGGUGCCGGCGAUGGCAAGAGUCCCGUGAGCAACGGCAACGGCAACGGAACUCUCUCGCCGGACAACACCCUGAUCCGCCAGAGCUUUCCCGAGGGCGUGCUUACCGGGAACAGCAAAAACCAAGCCAAGUCGCCAGUGAGUCCAACUCCCACUCCAGUUGGGAGUGAGGAACCACCGGCCACCGUCUCCGCCCGCCACUACGAGGGACUGAUCGAGGAGCUGAGGUGUCCCGGCUGCGCCGGCGCCAUGAAGGCACCCAUCCUCCUCUGCAAGAGCGGGCACAGUGUCUGCGAGCAGUGCACCCGCAUUCUGCUCAUGUGCCCACUGUGCAAGGAACCCUUCACCAACUCCCGAUCCCUGACCGUGGAGGCUCUCUGUGCCAAGGCGCACUUCCGGUGCGGACACGCCUCCGGCGGCUGCCAGGUGCGGAUGCCGGUGGUCCUGCUGCCCUGGCACGAACAGCAGUGCAUGUACAAGCCGAUGAAGUGCUUCAUGGGCCGCGUGUGGGGCGACUGCCGCUGGCAGGGACGCGAGGUGCAGUGGAAGGAGCACCUGGAGGAGAACCACGGCGACCGACUCUUCCGCUCGAGCAGCGCGGACCUGGAGUGGAACCUGGCCGCGCGGCGGAAACCGCUGACCGGCUACUACGUCUUCCAGGCCCACGACGAGAUGUUCAACUUCUACGAGAUCCACGACAAGCAGCGCAUCCUCUUCACCAUGACCUGCACCUCCAAUCGGCGGGACAGCAAGUACAACUACGCCUACGAGGUGACCGUGCUCCAGCCGGACAACGAGGCGCUCUCCAUGACCCAGAAGUUCCCCGUGCACAGCGAGUACGACAAGGACAUCCUGAUGGAGGGCACCUGUGUCAGCAUUCCGCUGGCGGAGCUCAAUCGCUUCCUGGACCAAGAUAGGGUCCUCCACUACCGCGUGAGCGUGCUGGCGGUCAAGUCGCCGCGACGAGCGAAACCUCCUCGCCAGAGUCUUCCCCCCGUGGACCUCGAGCAGACCUCGAAUGGAGGAGUCAACGGAAAGAGCGUGCCCACCAGCAUGAUCAUUACGCGCACCUACAAGGAGGCCAUCGGCGAGGUGGCUGCCGCUGCCGACAACUCCAAGGCGGAGGUGGCCACUCCGGACUCGGAGGAGGAUGCGGUGGCCGCUGGCAGUGGUGGUAGCGAUGGAACCGGUGGCCUGGAGCUCGAGCGCAAGUGGGGCACACCGCAGCUGCACUUCAAUCGGAAAUAUCUGCGGAACACUCUGAACGACUCCACGCCUCUGGAGGAUGAACUGCGUCCGCUGGCUGCGGAUCUGCGCAACGGACAUGGCGACGACAAGCUCUCGCAGUGCAGCAAUAGCACGAGCUACACGAAAAAGGUCUCCGAUUCGCUGCGAAGGAGUUUCCGGGCCCUCAAGGCGGAUAUCGUGGAGAUGCGGCCGUUCAAGAAGCCAGUCAAGGCAGGAUCCUCCUCUCCGGUCCAGGCCAACGGCAACUAGUGAUUCCAUGUGCGCUUUUCCUUUUUUUUGUUUUGUGUCGUUAAAAUACAUAAUUUUUAACACUUCAGUUGAAAGCAUGUAAAUAUAGCAAAUUAUUUAAAUCUAUUGAAAGAUGUAACAAAUUCAUAACGAAAAUAUAUUAAAAUAUAUCUAUAUAA